GUUCUUAUUCGCUUUUGCCAACCAACCACUCCCCGCCGGAAGUAGAUUCCCGGAGCUUGGCGCCGUUUUCCUGACUCCCUCCUCAGAGAAGAAGGAUUAGAGAACAGACUCGCCUGCAGAUCCUUCCAGUACAGUUCAAGAUGGCAGAAACAGACGUAGACAAUGAGCUGUUGGACUACGAGGACGAUGAGGUGGAUAACCAGACUGGGACCGAUUCCCAGGAGCUCCCGGUCAAGAAGGAGAUGAAAGGUUCCUAUGUGUCCAUACACAGCUCUGGCUUCAGAGAUUUCCUCCUGAAACCUGAAUUACUUCGUGCCAUUGUGGACUGUGGAUUUGAACAUCCAUCAGAAGUACAACAUGAGUGCAUUCCACAAGCCAUCCUGGGCAUGGACAUUCUCUGCCAGGCAAAGUCUGGCAUGGGAAAAACUGCAGUGUUUGUCCUGGCCACGCUACAACAGCUGGAGCCUGUUACAGGGCAGGUCUACGUGUUAGUCAUGUGUCACACCAGAGAGCUGGCAUUUCAGAUCAGCAAAGAGUAUGAACGAUUCUCCAAGUACAUGCCAUCUGUGAAGGUGGCUGUGUUUUUCGGCGGACUUGCAAUUAAGAAGGAUGAGGAGAUGUUGAAGAAAAGCUGCCCACACAUUGUGGUCGGGACUCCCGGCCGAAUUCUGGCGCUAGCAAGAAACAAGACCCUAAACCUGAAACACAUCAAACACUUCAUCCUGGAUGAAUGCGACAAGAUGCUAGAGCAAUUAGAUAUGCGCAGAGAUGUGCAAGAAAUAUUCCGUAUGACUCCUCAUGAGAAGCAGGUCAUGAUGUUCAGCGCUACCCUGAGCAAGGAGAUUCGCCCAGUUUGCAGAAAGUUCAUGCAAGACCCAAUGGAAAUCUUUGUGGAUGACGAGACCAAGCUGACUCUUCACGGACUCCAACAAUAUUACGUCAAGCUCAAGGACAAUGAGAAAAAUCGCAAACUAUUUGAUCUUCUAGAUCUAUUGGAGUUCAACCAGGUGGUCAUCUUUGUGAAGUCCGUUCAACGAUGCAUUGCUCUGGCUCAGCUGUUGGUGGAACAGAACUUCCCAGCUAUCGCUAUUCAUCGUGGGAUGCAACAGGAGGAAAGGCUUUCCCGGUACCAACAAUUCAAGGAUUUCCAGCGCAGGAUCCUGGUUGCCACCAAUCUUUUUGGUCGCGGCAUGGACAUUGAGAGAGUGAACAUUGCCUUCAAUUAUGACAUGCCAGAAGACUCUGACACCUAUCUGCACAGGGUGGCACGUGCUGGUAGGUUUGGGACGAAAGGUCUGGCAAUCACGUUUGUAUCGGAUGAGCAGGAUGCAAAAAUCCUAAACGAGGUUCAAGAUCGGUUUGAGGUCAACAUCAGUGAACUGCCUGAUGAAAUUGACAUCUCUUCGUACAUUGAACAGACCCGGUGAAGCCAGAUCUCUCCAUCGACAAGUCAGUGUGGCUGCCGAACGUGGUACACACCCGUGGUUCCUCUUGGCACCGGUUUGGGGGAGGCCGCCAACAGCUAAACUGUUUUAAAAAGGAGCUUGGUAAUUUAAUGCACCCAGCCUGUGUCCGUGUUUAAACAGGCAGAAUACUGCUGAGAUUGUUGCACCCUUUCCCUUCUGCUCAGCAAUGUGGACUUGCAGAACCUCUGGCAUUGUUUUACCAACAAGGAACUGGUUUUCCGUUGUGCGGGGAUUAAAGGAAGAAUGCAAAAAAAAAAAAAAAGUUGCAUUCAAUUUGAAAAUAAAUGUUCUGUUUGUCUUAUAUAGUGUAUUAGAGGGCUUUACGGAAUGCAAUGAACUUUUUUCUGUAAAAGAAUCAGAGUGGAUUAUGUGGAAAUUUAGAGUUUAAUGCCUGUAAUUUGUGGUAAGACACUAAGAUACUCAGCCCUGGUUGUUUUGGUUCUUUUCUUUUUUUUAUAUAUAAAUAUCAGCUUUUUGUUUAGUUACCACCCUCUGCAUAAGUGACCAGUGGUGUCACAAAUUAUUGUAUCGUGACUUCUUACACCAUGUCACAAUAAAUACUAAAUGAAAAAGUU